ACUGCGGACAUUGGGUCACGUUCAUGUGACCGGGCCAGUCUCAUGCUUAUUAACAAACGAAUAACCUUGAUCGUGACGCGAUCCAGUUGUGUCAUCGAUAUGUUAUUCAUAUCGGAUUUCACGGGCAGGAAUCACGUUGUUCGUUUACAAUGUCAUAUGUGAGAUCCGUGAUUCUACUGCCAUGGGAACUGGGAAAAUGUGUAUUUUUUUGUGGAUCUAUGUUCGUGCUCUUCCAAGAACUCAUCUCUCAUAUUGCAUAUAGUAAACAAUGAUAUAAUAUACAAUCUCAUUAAUAUGCCUGUCGUUGGAAUGUACAUAUUUUAUGUACGUAAGUUUUGACUUUAAGAAUGUUAGUCCUCUUGGCGGUUGUCAACAUCUCACUCCUCCACUUGGAGCCCAAAUCUUUUCCUUGAGCUCUCUUCAAUGGAGUUUUGAGAGUAACCCAAAGCUCACGAAUUAUGCCUUAACACAGCCACAGCUUAUGGCAGGCCUUAAACUACUCCAUCAUAUACACCUUCACAUUAGUCAUUCUCUUCAUCCUACUGCACGUUCACUCCCCUCUGUAUCUAGCGACAUCCGCUCUCGCAUCCGGAUCCAAUUCCUCUACUCCCUGGUGGGAUUUCCUGGGGAGAUGGACCGGAAUACCGCUUCCCGGUCCUGCUAAGACCCAAGAACGUGUCGAAAAUGCUGCCGGAAGACAGUCGCGGAGUUUCGAUGACUCCAUCACCUUCCUACCCCUCAAGGAUCUUCGGUAUGGCGAGAGGUCCAAGGCGGCCAUGUCCGGUAACACAUGGUUCAUGAGCUCGCUGAACGACACCCUCGAGGAGGAUGAGGCAGAGUACCUCCACUUCCCAUCCCAGGCAUCGAACAGAAGGCUUCUGUGCCUGAAGGGACGGGACAUGCGAAACGGUUCUAGGAACUCGUAUUCCCUUGCCUGGCCGGGCAACCUCCCGGAGCAGGCAGUUCUCCUGAAGGGCCUGACCUUCGUGUCCGACUCAUACUACGACUACAAGAACUUGUGGCACGGGUUCAAUGCACUCACUCCGUUCAUAAGGUGGUCGAUGAAGAACGGGUGUGCAAAGUCGAGUCAGUGGAUUUUGUACCACUGGGGCGAGCUGCGGGACGGGACAGGGUCCUGGGUUCAGCACUUGAUGGAAGCAAUCUAUGGAGAACUCCGAAUAGAGAGGUUUGAAGGCCGAGUUGGAGACGGAUCUUAUUGCUUUGAAGAGGCUGUGGUCAUGAGGCACAACAUGGGCAGAAUGGGGAAGGAGAAGAAGCUGAAGUUGUGUGAUCUGCUGAGAUGCAAGGCAAGUGAGCCCUGUGGGGUCAAGGGAGGGAAUGUGGAGGUCAACGACAGAGGGGACCCACUUAUAACGUUGACUUUGCUGAUGAGGAGAGGCUCAAGAUCAUUCAAGAAUGCAAGUGCCGUGAUUGAUGUGUUUGCUAAGGAGUGUGAGAGGGUUAGCGGUUGCCAAUUGAAGGUUGUUCAGUCAGAGGAACUGAGCUUCUGCGAUCAGGUUAGAGUCAUGUCGGGCACGGACAUUGUCGUGUCCCCACAUGGGGGGCAGCUGACGAACAUGCUCUUCAUGGACAGAGGGAGCAGCGUGAUGGAGUUUUUCCCCCGGGGGUGGCUGGAGUAUGCUGGAGUCGGAAGGUAUGCCCACCACUGGAUGGCCGAUCAAUCUGGGAUGAAGCCCAGGGGAGCGUGGUGGGAACCACUCGGAAACAAGGAUUGCCCGAACCCGAAAGACGAUAUCGACUGUUUCCAGUUCUACAAGGGAGGGAAGGUGGGUCACAACGAGACUCACUUUGCAAAGUGGGCGAAAGAUGUCCUCAAUCAAGUGAGCAUAAGUAAGCGAGGAGAGCUAUCUGCCAAGAGGCUGAAGAACCCCAGCCUCUGCGCAUGCUAAGGUUCGUAGUCCAUCGAGCUGUGCCACUAGGGUGAAGAAAGUUCAGAUCGAUGCAUCAAAAUAUACAAGUUAAACAUUUAGUUGGGAUAUAGACUGCAGUUCCCUUGAUCAAAUAUAUGUCAAUCAACAACUAUCAGUGUAUCAUUGUAAGUUCGAUUUUACAGUGGAAAUCAUGUGACAACAGAAACAAGGGAGAACUUGUACUUAACCUGACAUAACUAGUGGCAGGUCUGUACACAACGAAAGGCCGGGCUAAUGUGUGCCAGCUGAUCGAGUAGAUCAUUCUGAAAUUUCGCUCUGGUCUCCAUAUCAUUUGCAACCUGGAAGUGCUUACAAGCAACGCCAAAAACCGGAAAAGACCCUGUAAAACGAUACUGAUUUACACUACAAUGAAGGCAAAAUGAUCAUAUAUAUACUAGGACUGACUGUCUAAUAGUUUGUUGCUGCACUAGUGUUCUUCAAAAUCCGUUCAUAUAUACAUGCGGAGCGGUUGAGAGCAACAUGAGGCUGAUCAAUGGCUGAGAUCAAUUUGAACCAUAGAAAGGAAGUACGAUUAAAUCUCGGAAUUGCAUUCCCGA